GAAUUGAACUCAGGACCUCCGGAAGAGCAGUCAGUGCUCUUAACUGCUGAGCCACCUCUCCAGCCCUUAGUUGUAAUUUUUAACAUAAAGUCUCACUGGCUUCAAAGUCACCAUCCUCUGGCUUCAGCCUCCCCAUUGCAUUCUGGGAUUACAAGAAUGCAUUCUGGGAAAGCAAGAAUGGCUGACAUGAGGUUUUUAAAAAAAUGAAAGAGGCAGGCUGCGACUGUAGGGUUUGUGGGAGCAGGUCAGGGUUAAGAGACGCAGGCAUGCUGCGUCCUAAGGCUUUGACGCAGGUACUAAGCCAAGCCAACAUUGGAGGAGUCCAAAGCACCCUGCUGCUGAAUAAUGAGAGAUCGUUGCUGGCCUACUCCGGUUAUGGGGACACAGAUGCCCGGGUCACCGAGGCCAUCGCCAGUAACAUCUGGGCCACAUACGAUAGGAACGGGAACCAAGCAUUUAAUGAAGACAAUCUCAAAUUUAUCCUCAUGGACUGCAUGGAGGGCCGUGUAGCCAUUACCAGGGUGGCCAACCUUCUGCUAUGUAUGUAUGCAGAGGAGACUGUAGGCUUCGGGAUGCUCAAGACCAAGGCCCAGGCCUUGGUGCAGUACCUGGAGGAACCCCUCACCCAAGUAGCAGCCUCAUAAUAAUGUGAUGGAGGCUGGAGUGGGAAAGGGGUGGUGACUGGGAAGAGCAGGGCCCCGGAAACGCCUCGCUGGGCUGGGGGAGGGCUUGCUUUUUCCUAAAUAAAUUUUCAACUCUUAAAAAAA